AUGGAAAAUUAUCUAACUGCAUUUUUUUUGUUGUUAAAAAGUGUUUUAUCAAAUUCGAACCGUGUUAGAACGGGCGCCCCGCGAAGGUACCUCCUUUUUUUCGUUUUCCUCAACACUUUAGUUGCAACAAAAUGGAUAACUGGGGGAAGGCGCCACUCUAAUUGGAACUUCAUCAGAAGGGGAACAGCCCCAGUGAGAACAAAAUUUGUGCUAAAGAGUGGCAACAAAGGGGGGGUUGAUAAUAUAUCGUGGGUAAAAAAAAAGCAUGCAAAGGACAGUGACAGAAGGAAGAACAUUGUGUUAAUCCAGAGGGGAGUAAACAUAGACACAAACCGAAUAAGAUAUACAGGAAAUAUUUUAGAAAGUAAUAGCAGCGUCCAAGAAAUAAAACACUUAAGUAACCUCCAAAAGAAUGUCAUCUAUCUGCUAGAACGGAACAAUAACAUACUAGUACAUGCCAAAACGUCUAGCGGAAAAACAACUAUCUGCCUACUUUACCUAAUUUUGAAAUUCUAUUAUAACUCUGAAUUUAUAUUCGAUGAAGAUAUAGAAAGGGAAAAGUAUCUGAACAGUGAUGAAUACCUAAAUAGCUACAAGAAAAUGCUUCUUCUAAAUGGAACGAGGAAGAAGGUGCAGAGGAGUAAACUCAAGUACACACCAUUUAGUGAAAAGUAUGCUCAAAUAUGUGACAUCCGGGAGGACACAGAUUUAUUGAUGGAGAAAAGGGCGAGAAAUGUCUUAAAAAAAGGAGAAAAAAUUCUUAUCUUGUGUCCGUCUAAGGAACUCUGUGUUCAAAUUUCGCAGAAUAUUCUGUCUCUCAUGAGUGGCAAGGACGAGGGGGCAAUUCGCCUCUUUAUAGAUAAGGAUGGAAGAGAGGAUGAUAAUGGGCCCAAGUGUGUUUCAUCAUGGAACUUAUCAAACGAUGUAGGAAUAAAAGAAGAAAAUGGUGAAGAAGCCAAAGGAAGAAGUGCAGACAUAGGGGGAGUUCCCACAUUAACUAAAUGUACCAGCACGAAUGACUUAUCCAAAAGAACUACCAAUUUAAGGGAUAACCUUUUCCUCAUAGGAACGCCUAUUUGUUUUAAAAAUUUCCUUCUAAGCUUAUCAAAGGAGAACUUGAAAGACCUUUUGCAAAAAAUAAAAUAUGUAUUCUUUGACGAAAUAGAUAGGAUGUUUCCUGCCUUAAAAACGAGAAAAUCACGUGGAAGGAAAAACAGUACAAAGAAAAAAACGGCCUAUUUUAUACUAGAAACGAUUAUGUAUAUGAAUAAGAAGAACCUCGUUUUUGUGGGUUGUUCUAGUACCCUAAAUAGGGAACUGCACAGGAGAAUAUUCAAGCUUCUUAGCUUGAAUAGAAAUAAUGCCAAGAAGAAGAUUUACCUACUGCGGGAGAGUAACAGCUCUUCGAAUGGAGAUACCAGUAGUGUAGAGGGGAACCCUGUGGAUACGAUACAUCCGGAUAGUCCUCAUUGGGGGGACACUUUUAAUGAGCCUCCAACGUGGGAUACAAACCAAGAGAGAGGGGAUCCUACUGGGGGUGAUAAAAUCGUGACAAAUGCUUACCAAGAAAAGGAAAACAUCCACGUUGAUGAUUACGCCGAUGAGGAUGAACGGGCAUGUCUAUUCACCCAGAAUGGUGAGGAUAUGUCCCUGCAAAAGUACAUAAUAAAAGUGAGGCUCCCCAACAGCAUACGCCACCUGUACAGCGUAGUGAAGGAUCAGCUGUACAGUAGCAAAAUGGAAGAGGCUUAUAAAAUCGUAAAACAUUUUAAAAAUAGAAAAGUGCUAAUUCUAGUUAAAAAUGGAUUUUCCCUACUAACGUUAAAGAGGUACCUGUCCGAAAGGAAUAUUUUUUCUGUGCUCUUACAUGAAGAAUUGCAAAUAUCGCUCACGGGAAAUAACAAGCACCUGGACAGAAUGUGCCAACAGUAUGCACAUAUAAAAGAUUUAAAGGAGACAGUUCUACAAAAUGAGGAAGAGAUAAAGAGAAAAUAUAUAAACAAAUACCCAGUCAUUAUAAGCUCCUUUGACAGCAUUCGUGGUUUUCACAUUAAUAACUUAGAAUUUGUUUUGUUGUGCAGUAGGCCGAAAAAUGUGAACGAGUAUAUACACUUGAGCGGUAGGGUUGGAAGGAGGAACAACAUCGGUUAUUCCAUUCUUUUGGAAGAUGAAAGGAAUGUCAAUAUUGUAACAAAUUGGUUAACGAACAUUCGGGUGCGUUUUUCCAAAUUGGCACUAAAUGGGGCUAUCUCCGCCGACGUGGUGAGCACUGAUAAUUUGAAACAACCUGAUAACAGUGCGCAAAACGGAUCAGCGCCCGACACAGAUCGCGGAAAAGACAACUUAAACUACAUCACAUCGUGCAUAAUGGAUGAGCUGAAUGAGAAUCUCCCGUGA